AUGGCCCUCCCCCUAGUUAUCGUGCUCGCAAACUUGGCCCCGAAAUACACACCAGGCACACGCCACUACUUUUUUUUUAGCGUGUGCCUGGUGUCUGGUUCUUUUGAGGCAGAAGAGGAGGUCGUGAUUUUACCCAACGUAGAUGGUGAUGGCAGGAAGGUGCUUCGCUCCAGCAUCGGAGAGUUCCUGUGCAGUGAGGCCAUGGCUGCCCUUGGGAUACCCAGCACCCGUGCAGCCUCCCUCGUGACCUAUGACCUCUACAUCAGCAGAGAUCCACUCAGAAGUGGCCAGCGCAUUCCUGAACGCUGCUCGGCCAUCCUGCGUCUUGCCCCUUCCUUCAUCAGGUUUGGAUCCUUUGAGAUCUUUCUGGGCCGAGAUGGAUUCUCUGGCCUGCAGGGUCCCAGUGUAGGGCAGCAGGACAUUCGUACUCAGCUACAGGAUUAUGUCAUUGAGACCUUCUAUCCUAGCAUUCAGCAGGCUCAUAGCAACCAGAAAGACAGAAAUACGUCUUUUUUCAGAGAGGUGAUGAUGCGAACCGCCAAGGUGGUAGCCAAGUGGCAAUCCGUUGGUUUUUGCCAUGGUGUCCUUAACACAGACAACAUGUGCAUCUUGGGUCUAACUCUGGACUAUGGCCCCUUCGGUUUCAUUGACAGAUUUGAUCCAGAUUUGAUCCGCAAUGCCUCAGGCAAAAGAGGACGUUUCUCAUACCAAGCCCAGCCGUCUGUGUGCCGCUGGAACCUGGCUCGGCUUAGUCAAGCAUUGGGCUCUGAGCUGGAUGUAGCUGAGGCAGGAGCUAUCCUGGAUGAGUUUAUGAUCACAUAUGAAGCUUUCUACCUGUGUAUCAUGAGGAAGAAGCUGGGCCUUGUGAGAAAGGAAGAGGCAGAGGAAAGCAAGCUAAUAUCAGACCUCCUGCGUGUUAUGCGCAACACUGGUGCAGAUUUCACCAACACUUUCCGCCUGCUGAGCUUUGUCCCCUUGCCUGAGGAGGGCGACAGUGUGAGGGCAACAGUGGGGCCAGUAGUGGACCUCAUCCUACAGCAAUGUGCCUCUAUUGAGGAGCUUAAGGUGCUUAAUAAGCCAGCUAACAAUGAAUUAGCAAUGAUUCUGUCCAUGGGACAAACCAACCAAGUCAUGUUUAGCACGGUGGCAGACAGGUCAGGUGUUACCCAGCAGCUGGAAAGGAUGGACUGGCUUAAGGAGCUGAUAGAGACAGAUCAAGAAGAGCUUAAGGAAAAGCAGCGUGAUGACUGGAUUCACUGGGUUAGCCGAGACAGGAGGCAUUUAGCCAAGGAGUGUGAUGGCACAAGUGAGUUGUCGCUCAUCAAAAAGGAGAAGCUCAGUGUGAUGAACAGCAACAACCCCCGGGUCAUCCUACGUAACUACAUCGCCCAGGAAGCAAUUCAUGCUGCAGAAAAGGGAGACUUCUCUGAGGUCAAGAGGGUCCUCAAAGCUCUGGAGAAACCAUAUUCUGAUGCAUUUGGACUGGAGCCUUUGGAUGGUCUCAGUGCAUGUGGGGAAAAGGAGCAGAACGGGAGGGAUUUUACUGUUGACUAUGACAGGAAACUUCGUGCCUGGGCAUAAAGAAUUUGUAUCACCUGAUCCUCACAGAGCCUCCCGGUAAGCUGAAAGAGGGAAGUCUGUUUUCACUGGUUGACCACAUAAGCCACAGUUUUCAGAUCAAACAAGAUGUGGGUUUUGGGUAAUGUUACUACUUCUACAGUUGCUUGUUUCCAUUUCCACCUCAGACUAUUUCUUCUGCUUCCAGAAGGGAGGAUAGAAUGUAACCCAACUUGUUCCAGCGUUCAUCAGUAUGGCCACAGAUCCAAAUAUACAAAACUUUUUUUUAGGUUUAAUCAACAGUGUAAGUGAUGUAACAUAAUUAAUAAUCUGAUAUAUUUCUGAGUCUGCCAAAGAGCCAUACUAUAAACUAUAAAUGCAGGCCAUCACAUAGUGAAUAAAAAGUACAAUAUCUUCUGAAAUGUGGUGGAGGAGAAAAAAAGCAUAAUGUGUAAAUAACUGGAAAUUAACUCCUUCAA